AUGCACCUCCAAAGAGGCCUCACAGGAGAAAUUUCGGCCAUCGUCUUCCUCCCUGGCAGUUGCACCCUCUUCACCCAGACAGACAAGGACACGCUUCUGUACACCUGGACUCGGGAUCCUGGGCCCAGCUCCCCAACCACCCCGGGCCCUGUAGACAGCUCACCCAGCUACAAUGGCUGCAGCCGCCCCACCUGGCUGCUGGCUUGUGCUCUGCUCUGCCUGGCCUGGCCUCGGGAGGCCGUCGCCUUUCCAACCAUUCCCUUGUCCAGCCUGUUCUCCAACGCUGUGCUGCGGGCCCAGCACCUGCACCAGCUGGCCGCUGACACCUACAAGGAAUUUGUAAGCUCUGGGGAGUUGCGUGCCUACAUCCCCGAGGAACAGCGGUACUCCAUCCAGGCUGCCCAGACUGCCUUCUGCUUCUCAGAAACCAUCCCAGCCCCCAUGGGCAAGGACAAGGUCCAGCAGACAUCUGACAUGGAGCUGCUCCGCUUCUCGCUGCUGCUUAUCCAGUCCUGGCUCGAGCCCGUGCAGUUCCUCAGCAGAGUCUUCACCAACAGCCUGGUGUUUGGCACCUCAGACCGCGUCUAUGAGAAGCUCAAGGAUCUAGAGGAGGGCAUUCAAGCCCUGAUGCGGGAGCUGGAGGAUGGCACCCACCAAGCUGGACAGGUCCUAAAGCAAAACUAUGACAAGUUUGACACCAACCUGCCCAGCGAUGAUUCACUACUCAAGAACUACGGGCUGCUCUCCUGCUUCAAGAAGGACAUGCACAAGGUCGAGACCUACCUGCGGGUCAUGAAGUGCCGCCGCUUUGUGCAUACCUGUGGCUAGAAGCUGUGGCUUCUAGGUGCACGGCCUUUUGGCUACCCUCCCCAGAGCCUCCCGCCCCUUGGGGCCACUCCAG